AUGGCUCCUGCUAUCGUCGUCGACAAGGCCGGCGCCGCCCCCGCGCCCUCGCAGGAGGACGUCAGCGCCUUUAUCAGCAGCAUCGUCACGGCCAAGACGUCGCACGCUUCCGUCGACGCCGCCUACGCCCUCACUACCCUCCUCCAGAACUCGGUCGGCUUCCGCGGCCUGACUGGCUAUGGCAUACUCGACGAGAUCAAGAAGUCGGCCGCCAACAAGAAGGACGCCGUGCGGAGAGAGGGUGCCAUGAACGCCCUCGGUGCCUUCUUCGAGCGUCUCCCACGCACACAACGCCUGACUGAGGUCAUCUUCCUCGUCCAGGACGCAGCGCUAGUCCCGCUCGCCCUCGACUUGCUGGCAGACAAAACUGCCUCCGUCAAGGAGUCGGCCAAGUACGCCCUCGACUCGCUUUUCGAGAACCUCGGUGCCGAGGCCAAGAUCUGGGGCCUCUUGCCUGUGCUGACACAGUACCUGGGCAAGAAGUCCGGAAAGUGGCAAGGUGCUGCUUUCGCCUAUGAGCUCAUCGGCCGCAUGGCUGACAAGGCCAAGAUGGGCAUGGAGAGCCUCGAGGUGGAGAAGGAGAAGGAUGUUCUCCGUGAUGCUAUGGGCAAGAAGCUCGAGGGUCUCAUCCCCAUUGUCGAAGCCGGCAUGCACGACCUCAAGUCCGAGGUCGCAAAACAGUCUGUCAAGACGAUGAACAGCCUCACCACCCUCAUCCAGAACGACGAUAUCGCGCCCCGGAUACCCUUCCUUGUCAAGGCUAUCGAGGACCCCUCCACACAGAGUCUGCAGAAGGCUAUCCACGCUCUCUCGCAGACUACCUUCGUCGCUAUCGUCACAUCCCCCGUUCUUGCUAUGGUCACACCUCUGCUUGAGCGCUCCCUGAACACCCCCACCACAUCUCAGGAGGUCACUCGCCAGACUGUCGUCGUAGUUGAGAACUUGACCAAGCUCGUCCACGACCCCGUCGAGGCCCGCGCCUUUUUGCCCAAGCUCCGCCCAGGUGUCAAGGCCGUCAAGGACCGCGCUUCCCUGCCCGAAGUCCGUGAGAUUGGUCAGCGCGCGCUGGACGUUAUUGAGAAGGCCAUGGCCGACCCAGACCACAACAUCGACAGCGGCGCCAUCGCCAGGGUACAGCCAUCAGAAGUCCAAACCGUCAUUGAGAAGCAGCUCACCGCUACUGCCAAGGUGCUCGACUUCCCUGGAGACGCCGAGGUUUUGGCUGUCACUAAGCGCUACAUCUCUGAGAUGAUUGCCGAAGUUGUCAACCAGCGGGAGCUUCAGCGCAUCCCAAAGCUCGUUGGACCCUACUUGGAGCCUCUGGUCAAUGCUGGAGACGCCGACAAGGUCGCAGAGGCCGUGCACCAAUUCUACGUGGACGAAGACCACCGCAAGUUUGGCCAGCCCGUCAAGGAGGACGAUGGCGAGGUUGAGAUUGUCAACGCCGUAUUCUCCCUCGGUUACGGUGGUAUGUUGCUCCUCUCGCACACCAAUCUUCGUCUGCUCAAGGGUCACCGCUAUGGUCUCUGUGGCCGUAACGGUGCUGGAAAGUCUACACUCAUGCGCAGUAUUGCGAGCGGCAAGCUCGAAGGUUUCCCUCCUCAAGACGAAGUCAAGACCUGCUUUGUUGAGCACAACCAAGGAGAGGAUGCCGAUCUCUCCAUUCUCGAGUACAUCGUUCGCGACCCGCGCUUCGCGGACGAGAGCAGGGAACGUAUCGAAGAAGUUCUCGAGGAGGUCGGUUUCACCGCUGGCCCCGAAGGCAGGCAGUCCCACAAGGUCGGCUCUCUGUCUGGUGGAUGGAAGAUGAAGCUCGCUUUGGCGCGUGCUAUGCUUAUGCGCGCUGACGUGCUUCUUCUCGACGAACCCACCAACCACUUGGAUGUUGCCAAUGUUGCCUGGCUCGGAAAGUAUCUCAAGUCUCACACUGAGAUUACUAGCUUGAUCGUCUCUCACGACUCCGGUUUCCUUGACGAGGUCUGCACAGACAUCUACCACUACGAGCAAAAGAAGCUGGUUUGCUACAAGGGUAACCUUGCCGAUUUCGUUCGACAGAAGCCUGAAGCCAAGAGCUACUACACUCUCUCAGCUACCCAGGUGCAGUUCAAGUUCCCUCCUCCCGGUAUUCUCACUGGUGUCAAGUCGAACACUCGCUCUAUCCUGCGCAUGACCAACUGCUCCUACACGUACCCUGGCGCUUCCAAGCCAUCGCUUGUUGAUGCUUCUUGCAAUUUGUCUCUUUCGUCUCGAGUUGCCAUUAUUGGCGCCAACGGUGCUGGUAAAUCUACUCUCAUCAAGAUGCUUACUGGCGAGACUAUUCCUCAAGAAGGUACCGUCGAGAAGCACCCCAACUUGCGUAUCGGUUACAUCAAGCAGCACGCUCUCGAGCACGUUGAGAUGCACAUGGAGAAGACGCCCAACCAGUAUCUCCAAUGGCGAUACGCCAAUGGUGAUGACCGUGAGGUGCUCAUGAAGCAGACACGUGUGCUCACUGAGGAAGACAAGAAGCAGAUGGAAACUCCCAUCGAUCUGGGCGACGGCAAGGGCCCCCGCAAGAUUGAGGCGCUCAUUGGUCGUUCCAAGUACAAGAAGACCUUCCAGUACGAAGUCAAAUGGCUGCACAUGCUGCCCAAGUUCAACACGCACAUCUCGCGUGAGACUCUUAUUGAGAAGGGUUUCAGCAAGCUUGUCCAGGAGUUCGACGAUCACGAGUCCUCCCGUGAAGGUCUUGGUUACCGUGUCCUCGAGCCCAAGGUCAUCUCCAAGCACUUUGAAGAUCUCGGCAUGGACCCCGAGAUUGCGAACCACAACGAGAUCUCUGGUCUUUCCGGAGGACAGAAGGUCAAGGUUGUGCUUGCAGGUGCCAUGUGGAACAACCCGCAUCUCCUCGUUCUCGACGAACCCACCAACUUCUUGGACCGCGACUCGCUUGGUGGUCUCGCUGUUGCCAUUCGUGACUACAAGGGUGGUGUCAUCAUGAUUUCGCAUAACGAAGAAUUCGUUGGUGCUCUCUGCCCCGAGCAGUGGCACGUCGCCGACGGUCGCGUAACUCACAAGGGUCACCUUGCCGUCAACAUGGACCGUUUCGAAGACUCGCGCCCUGGAUCCAGCAACGUUAGCAGUAACGUCAGCUCCGCUGCGCCGUCAACAACUGGUACCCCAGUCAUGAGUGACGCCGAGGGUAACAAAGACGACAUGAAGUUCAGGUCAAGGAAGAAGAAGAAGAUGACCAAGAAGGAACUCAAAGACAGGGAGGUCAGGCGUAGAUUGAGGUACAUCGACUGGUUGAACAGUCCCAAGGGUACACCUCAACCACCCAACACUGAUGACGAGGCCGAAUUUGCAUUGCUCGGCCUCCUCCUCCUUGCCCUCCUCGGCCUGGUAGCGCUUGUCGCUGCCUCGCCAGUCGAGACCACCGCCAUUACGGCCCCCAAGUACAAGAACAACGGUAUCCACUCUUACAAGUGUGAUAGCAAUACGAACGUCCUCUCUUGUGUUUCUUCUGGCACCUGCUCUUUCGUCGAACACUGCUCGACCAAGUGCUUCGCGGAUCACCAAGGCGCUGGCUGCAUUGGCUCCUCAACCGUUGCUGUCGAGGCAUCCGAGAAGCGCGACACCGAGACCAAGGUCGACGCCGAAGCAAAGAAGACAUACGAGUGCUCUAAUGACCACACUGGUGUCUUGGUCUGCCAGUAUGGCUUCUGCCAGACCGAUCACUACUGCAAGAAGGGUACCAAGUGCCAUGACAAGUGUUCUUGCUGUAGGAACAUGGACGUCCUUGAGCGAGACAUCGGUGACGUGGACACAACCAAGCCCAAACCCGACGACGACUUCCAUGCUCUGCCAGUCACCACGUCCGAUACGCUAGUCUCGCGUGGCAACUGUGUACCUGGCACCUAUUCCUGCGCGCAGAAUAGUCCCUGGAUCGUGGUUUGCGAUUAUAAGGGUACCUACCAGUACUCAUCCGAUUGUGGCGAAACAGAUUGCAUCACGGACAACGUCGUCGCUCAUUGCUGGAACCCGGGCGAGGAGUGGAAGACCUAUGUCAACUUGGCCUCGCGUGCUGACCACCCACCCCAGGAAGGUCCAUGUGUGCCUGGCACCUAUGGCUGCGUGCUAAACCCUUCCACCAAUACUCCCUGGGUCACCGUCUGCGGCUGGAACCAAAAGUUGCAGCACUCGUCUGAUUGCGGUGAUCAGAAAUGUGUCGCGAGGGAGGACGGUGUGGCUCAUUGCUGGAACAAAGGUGAUCAGUGGAACGCGAACCCUGCCUCAGUCUCUCGCCGCGAUGAACUGUCCGAAGUUUCAGCAGACUUGGCUCCAACAGCAUCUUGCCGUCCUGGUGAAUUUGGCUGCGCGUGGAGCAAAGACACGAUGACGGAUUGGACCAUUGUUUGCGAUCAGUCCGGAAAACAUUGGUUGUGGUCCUCUGACUGUGGUCAAGGCAUGAAGUGCGAAUGGGGUGGUGGCGUUGCACACUGCGUGCUUAACAAGGUUCUCUUCGUAGCUUGA